AUGGUCAGAGCAGAGAGGGCUAGCUCUGACUUGGCAGGCAGAGCAGAAGAGAAGGAUGACAGAGCAGAGAGGGCCAGCUCGGACUUGGCAGCCAGACCAGAGGAGAAAGAUGACAGAGCAGAGAGGGCCAGCUCUGACUUGGCUGCCAGAGCAGAGGAGAAGGAUGACAGAGCAGAGAGGGCCAGCUGUGACUUGGCUGCCAGAGCAGAGGAGAAGGAUGACAGAGCAGAGAGGGUCAGCUCUGACUUGGCUGCCAGAGCAGAGGAGAAGGAUGACAGAGCAGAGAGGGCCAGCUCUGACUUGGCAACCAGAGCAGAGAAGAAGGGCGCCAGAGCAGAAGAGAACGACAGAGUUGAUAAGAAAUUGGGCAGGAGGGAAGAGGAGCUUAAAAGCACGAAUACAAGACUUCAAUUAGCUGACGGAGCAAUUAGUAGCACUCGUGGUCUUUUAGAAGAUGUUGAGGUCAUGGUGAGAGGAAUCACGGUGCUAGCAGAUUUUGUGGUGCUCGAGGCAGAGCAAGAGUUAAGAGUUUAG